CACGAAACCGUCAUCAUGGGACUGGGCGGCAGAAUGGACUGCUGCGGGCAGUGUGUCAAGUAUAGCAUGUUCGUCUCCAAUUUCAUCAUUUUCGUAAAUUGGUGUGCCAUCGUUUUCGGACUCGGUGUGUGGACCGUAGUGGAUAAGAACUUUAUCAAUGAGCUGCUCGGAACGAAUUUGUUUUCCGGGGCGGUCUAUGUGCUGAUUGCGACAUCGGCGCUGGUGUGUUUGCUGUCCUUUUUCGGGUGCAUUGGCGCGGCGAAGGAGUACAAAUGCAUGCUAUUGACGUAUUUCAUUUUGAUUUUCCUUAUUUUCGUGACGAUGCUCAUCGGAGGCAUCCUGGGUUACGUGUUCCGCGAAAAGGUGUCCCAAACCAUGCAGCAGGAAAUGCACUCGUCGAUGACGUUCUACGGCGCCUACGGAAAGCGCUCGAUCACCCAGGCUUGGGACAUGACCCAGGAGAGGCUCAAGUGCUGCGGUGUUAAACACUACAACGACUGGCGCGGUUCGAUCCCACAGUCUUGCUGUCAGAAGACCUUCACGGACUACAAACCCUGCCAGGACCAUCCGACGCCGGAGAACAUCUACAUCCAGGGCUGCCUGGACAUCACGUCCAAUCUGAUACGGGACAACGCGGCGUUCAUUGGAGCGUCCGGAAUCAUCGUGGCCAUCCUGCUCAUAUUCGGCAUGAUCUUCUCGUGCUCACUGUUCCGGAUGAUCGAAUAGCGCGGCAUUGCUUACUUCAUUCGACCAUAACUUGUCAUAAAAUUUUACCACUUGAUCGCCUGUUGUUGUUCUGAACUAUUUGAUUAUCUACCUGAGAGAGCAAAACAAAAGUACAAUAUGAAGGGGCGCUUACUUUUUAUUUCGCACAAUCCAAGAAGCAAAUUACCACAGGUCAUUGGAUCUUGAUUGAGCCAUCAACUAGAUUUGAAUUUGGACAUAGUGUUCAAAGUUUGGCGAUCGUCAAGAUCUCUUAUCAUCGUGGUCUACGAUAAUAUCCGCUGCUCAUAAUUGUAAAAAAAUAUAAUUAUUAAAUUUUUAUUUUCCAAAAUUCAAAUUCAACUCGUACGGAAUCUCUACAUUCGCAUGUGUAAAUAGUAAAACAAGCGACGCUACAGUGCAUUUAAGGCGCGAAAUCGCUAUCGAAAUUCAUAAGCAGUCAACACAAACACACAAAAUCUUAAUAAUUAACUUAAUGAAACCUAGAACGUAAGUCGAUAGAAACUAUUGAUCUGAUAAAGGCGAAAGGCAUCGCCAAAUGAAACCGAUCCCUCGGGACGCGCAACCGAUGAUAUUCAUUCCAUCCAUUAUCUGUCAAUCAAACUUAUUCGUCUAUGCACAAUAGAUCUGAACGUCUGUGUCAUUGUAAAAGCUAAUUCUUAAUGAUAAUGAAUAAAGAUUUAAGGACAUUUUA